AUGAAAGAGACUACCACAGAACUAAGAACCAGAGAUUCUUCUUUAAAUCGGAAAAGUGACUUCCAGACUACACCUGACUAUUCUACACACCAAAAUACACUAAAAGAUGACUUUAUUGAGGAUACAGAGGAACUUAUUUCAUCCUACAAGCAUUUUACCUAUAUUUUGGAGGAUCAGAAAAAGCAAAGACUGAGAUUUGAACUUUCAAAGCAGCGAGGCUUCAAGAAUAAGAGAAAUGGAGGUCCAAUGCAGAGAUCAAGAAGCCUAUUACUGCCGCAAGUUGCAUCACAAAGUUUUAGUUCUGCUCAAGUGCAGUUUACUAUUCCAGCUAUGUAUAUAAUGACUGGAAUUGCCCAGGUGUUCAUUGUCUUGGUGGAAAAUGGUGUAGCAAAUGGAACUGUCUAUAAACGACCAUUUAAUGAAUCCUUUGAACAACCAUCCAUGUAUGUUUCUGUGCUUACAUUACUUGGUUUUGCAUUUGCAACAUUGUUUGCCUACUUGCGAGAUUUCUUAAGAGACUACGGAAUACACAAAAAGGUUGGCACUAUCGAACGGAAAGAGCAAAUGGAUUUUGUCCCACUUUAUCAAGAUUUUGAACACUUUUUUACAAGAAACUUCUAUAUGAGAAUAAGAGAUAACUGGAACCGCCCUGUCUGCAGUGCUCCCGGACCAAAAAUUGACCUGUUGGAACGUGUUUCAGAUGACAACAACUGGACAUUUAGGUUCACUGGAAGGAUAAUCAAGAAUGUAAUCAAUAUGAGUUCAUAUAAUUACCUUGGCUUUGCAGAAACUGACCACAAUGCUUUGAAAACAGUGAAUUCAGUGUUAAAUAAUUAUGGCACAGGAAUAUGUAGCACCAGACAGGAAAUGGGAAACUUUGAUAAACAUAUAGAGUUAGAAAAUACGGUAGCACAGUUCCUUGGUGUUGAAGCAGCUCUGGCAUUUGGUAUGGGAUUUGCUACAAAUUCUAUGAAUAUUCCAGCAUUAGUAGGGAAGGGUUGUCUCAUUUUAAGUGAUGAAUUGAACCAUAAUUCACUUGUUCUUGGUGCAAGGCUGUCUGGUGCUACUAUUAGAGUCUUUAAGCACAACAAUAUGCAGAGCUUAGAAAAGCUUUUGAAGGAUGCAGUAAUACAGGGACAACCUCGAAGCCGAAGAGCGUGGAAAAAAAUUCUUAUUCUAGUAGAGGGCAUUUAUAGCAUGGAAGGCUCUAUUGUACGCUUGCCAGAAGUUGUUUCCUUAAAGAGAAAAUACAAAGCCUACGUCUACUUGGACGAAGCCCACAGCAUAGGUGCUGUUGGUCCUACAGGAAGAGGAGUUGUGGAAUACUUUGGAAUGGAUCCUAAUGAUAUUGAUGUAUUGAUGGGAACAUUCACAAAAAGUUUUGGAGCAGCCGGAGGUUAUAUUGCUGGCAAAAAGGAAUUAGUGGACUACCUACGAAUUCAUUCACAUAGUGUAACUUAUGCCACAUCUAUGGCUCCUCCUGUAGCAGAACAAAUUAUAAGAGCAAUGAAAUGCGUCAUGGGACUAGAUGGGACAACACAAGGACGUCAGCGAAUCAGUCAGCUAGCAGAAAAUACGAGGUACUUCAGAAGAAGAUUACGUGAAUUAGGAUUCAUUAUUUAUGGCAAUGACGAUUCUCCAGUUGUGCCUUUACUUCUUUAUUUACCUGGUAAAGUUGGGACUUUUGUGAGACUCAUGUUAUCCAAAAACAUUGGUGUGGUUGUGGUUGGCUUCCCAGCUACCCCAAUCACAGAAUCCAGGGCUCGGUUUUGUGUGUCCACUGUUCAUACACGGGAGAUGCUAGACACGGUCCUGAACGCUCUAGAUGAACUGGGUGAUUUUUUGUGUCUGAAAUAUUCCCGGCAUGCUAGGUCAUCUCGUCCUGAACUGUAUGAUGAAACAAGCUUUGAACUUGAAGAUUAAGUUUCCCUCCCAUUACAGAGAAACCGUCAUGAUGUUACAAGGAGGAGAUGGGGAUCUCAACAAGAGGAAUGCAUUUCUGUUUUCCCAAGGAUGGUUUUUGCUUCACAGUUAAAGUGAUCCAAGAGAAGCAUUUUAUGUCUGUUUUUACC